UCACAAUCAGCAUUAGGACAGAAGCUCUGGAGUUUUUCUUUAGCACAGAAGCAAACAACAUACAAACAGUGACUGAGCAAUCAUCCUGAUUUAGCUCCCUUCGUCAGAUUAAAAGAACACGAAGCCUUCUUCCUCGAGCAGGUUCAGCAGCUGGGAGGCACCAUCUGGGGCAGACGCAGUCUAGAGGAGAGAGCAAAAGGGUUCAAAAAUCAUGGAGAUGGAUGAGGAUAAUUCAUUGUCUAAUUCAGCACCAUCAGAUUCAAGACCAAAUGACCCCUCUGUACAGAAGUCAGAUGUUUCACCAUCACAGUUUAAGGUGCAAGAAGAAGAAGUGACUUUGAAUGAAACACAAAGCUCUCUGACUGAUUCUUUGAGUACACCAGAAACUCCUUUACGCAAAAAGAGUCUAUUAAGAAGAUGUCAUUUGCAAAUAAUGGCAAUGUUUGGAUACAACUAUAAGAAAACCAGCAAGAGGAGCAUUGAUGAUAGGCAUGGUUCUUUGACUACACCAGAAACUCAUUUAGAAAAACAAGGUUCUUCGAGUGCACCAGAAAUUCCUUUAAAAGAAGAAGGUUCUUCGAGUGCAGCAGAAAUUCCUUUAAAAGAAGAAGGUUCUUCGAGUGCAGCAGAAAUUCCUUUAAAAGAAGAAGGUUCUUCGAGUGCAGCAGAAAUUCCUUUAAAAGAAGAAGGUUCUUCGAGUGCAGCAGAAAUUCCUUUAAAAGAAGAAGGUUCUUCGAGUGCAGCAGAAAUUCCUUUAAAAGAAGAAGGUUCUUCGAGUGCAGCAGAAAUUCCUUUAAAAGAAGAAGGUUCUUCGAGUGCAGCAGAAAUUCCUUUAAAAGAAGAAGGUUCUUCGAGUGCACCAGAAAUUCCUUUAAAAGAAGAAGAUACUCUGUUGCAUACCUUGGGACUUGACGAUUAUAUCAAAAACAAACUUCAUCUGCACUCCUUCCUUGAGAUAGGGGUUGGUUGCUUACAAGACAAACCUGCAAGGUCUCCAAAAGAUCUACCAUGGCUCUUUCUAAAAAGACUUAUGAUGGCCAGUACAACUGCAAGAGAUACCACAAAUGUUGAAGAUGCUAUAGAAGACAUAUUACUAAAUGAUGACUUUCCUUGUACCAACGACUACCAAUGCAGCAGUGAGAUUCACCCACUGGAUCUCAUUGUAAUGUUGCUCCAUUGUUCGGAUGGCUUGCUACAGCAGGAGAUACUUUAUAAAAUGUCUGCAUGUCAGUUUUCUGUUCCUCUUUUACUCCCAAGCAUCAACACUAACCAAUGUAUGUUGACGCUCUGGGCUAUGAGAGAUAUUGUAAAGAAGUGGAGAUCCCAUUCCCUGGAAGAAGCAAAAGGGUUUCAUGAAGAAAGUGUGGUUCUUGCCGAGAUGCCACUGAUGUCAUUUGUUCGACUGGGUGACUGCAGUCUUUCCAAGUCUAAUUUUCUAAAUAAAGUCCUCAGUAAUCCCCAACAGUACCAUGAUUUCUUUGUUCAUUCUGAAAUGGAGGGUGGUAAUGUCCCUCGAACAGUUUCAGAUGGGCUGGUGGAGAUCAUGUGGUACCUGCCCUGUGGAAAGAAAAACAUUGAUAUCUUUACAGAGCCUGUGGCCAUUGCCAAUUUGCGAGGAGACACAAGCUCAUUUAUAACACAGUUUUCUUUUUUGAGUCAAGUAUCUUCAGUGGUUUUCAUAUUUUUUGAUAGCACACUGAAGAAAAACUGUGAGGUGUUAUCACAAUUGAAGCACAUAAAGGAUAAACUGGUUCUUAUUGCUCUUUCAUCUGCAGAAAUACAGAAGGAUAAAGAGGAGCAUCUGAAAAACGUGGGUUUGGAGUUAAAAGUAGAAAAAAGUCAAAUUCUUUUGAAAAACAAACAUAUGAACGAUGCUCAAUUUGUGAUGAGUUUGCGACGCACAAUAACUUAUAUGCUAAAAACUGCUCCCAAAGUGAGAAUUAAUGACAUGUGUAAGGCAGCAGCAAAAUAUGGCAUUGUCAUUGAUGAAGACACACCUGCCUGUCAGCAAGGGAAAAAACAAGCAGAAGAAAUCACUUCUCAAAUUAAAGAUAUCCCAAUAUAUAAGAAAUCUGAGCUUCCAAGGCAGGGGGAUAUUCUGAAGGAAUUGGCCAAGCUAGAAAAAGAGGAAUGUCGUUUACUAAAAGCAGGGAGCCAACCAAUUGAGCACUAUAAGUGUGAACUAAUUUCAAAGAAGUAUGAAUUAAGAGAAGAACAAAACAGAUAUGAUGUUACCAAUUCCAUGUGUAACUUUAUUAUUGCUUUGACAAACAAAAGCAAAGAAGAGAGGUCCUAUUUCUUAAAAUGGAUGAGGAUAAACUUGGAUGCUAGGGCACGAAAAGAGCUCUCAGAUUUUCACAACAGGUAUAAAGAAGAGUGCCUGAAAAAAAGCAAGAAGGAAAUUGCAGAGCUGGAUACAAUCAUCUCUAACUGUUCCCUAGGAAUUGAACAUUUUAUGCGUGAGAUGGGUCAGAUUUAUGAAGCCAAUCAUUCCCUUCCUGAGAAAGCAGAGAAACAGCAGCAGUUCAGCCACCUUCCCAAGCUGGGUGCCACUCUGUUGCUGGAUGGGUUUCCUCUGGAACUGUUAGAUGGUGAUGCCUCACAUCUCCCUGUGAGAUGGAUAACCGAUGUCCUGAAGGCUCUGCAUACUGAAGUCAAAAAUUGUAGUAAAGUUCUGGUGGUGACAGUUUUAGGGGUACAAAGCACAGGCAAGUCCACACUCCUCAACACCAUGUUUGGUGUCCAGUUUGCAGUCAGCAGCGGUCGUUGCACACGAGGGGCCUUCAUGCUGCUGAUCAAAGUUAAAGACGACCUCAAAAAGGAGUUAAAUUGUGACUUCAUAUUGUUAUUAGACACUGAAGGGUUGAAGUCUCCAGAAUUGGCCCAGCUGGAGGACAGUUAUCAUCAUGACAAUGAACUGGCCACACUGGUGGUUGGACUGAGUGAUGUCACUGUAGUCAACAUUGCAAUGGAGAACUUUGUGGAGAUGAAGGACAUUCUGCAGACUGUUGUUCAUGCUUUUCUCAGGAUGGAAAAUGUUGGCAAAAAAACAAAAUGCCAAUUUGUGCACCAGAAUGUGGGUGACGUGGCAGCUCAUGAGAAAAACAUGCGGGACAGAUGAAAUUUGCUGGAACAAUUAAAUGAGAUGAUAAAGGUGGCAGCCAGAAUGGAGAAAAAAGAUGGGCAGGUGAAAUUCACUGAUGUUAUUGAAUAUGAUGCAGAGAAGAACAACUGGUACAUCCCAGGAUUGUGGCAUGGGACACCUCCUAUGGCACCAGUGUCAACAGGAUACAGCGAAACAGUGUUUGAGUUUAAAAAGAGUUUGAUUGAUGCUUUUAAAGGAGCUAAUCAUCGUCAUGGGGACAUUACAGAGUUCAUUAAGUGGAUGGAGAGUUUGUGGAAAGCAGUAAAACAUGAGAAUUUCAUCUUCAGCUUUAGGAACUGCCUGGUUGCUGAUGCCUAUAAUAACCUUUCUGUAGAGUUCAAUCAGUGGGAAUGGUCAUUUAGGAAGCACAUGCUCAUUUGGACACAGCAGGCUGAGAACAAGAUUCAGAACUUUGGCAAUAUGGAUUCUCAUUUAAUUGAGAAUAUUGAUGAUUUUGUGAUCAGCCUUAAAUGUGAGGGAGCUAAGGAGCUGAAAAACCAAGAGAAAGAAUUUCUUAAACAUCUGGAUGAUUAUUAUAAAAGCAAAGAGAAACAUGUUCAGUUAGUGGAGAAAUACAAGGAAUCCUUUGUCAGCAGCAUUAAAAGCAUUACAUUUGAAAUUGAAAGUGAAGUAAACAGGAAAUUUGAAAUGGCAGUGACUAUCCAGAAAGGGAAGAACAAGCUGGCUAGCAUUCACAUGGACCAUGCAAAUAUAAUUGAAAAGAGAGUACUAGAGCUGCUGGAAAAAUGUAGGAAAAACAAUCUGGUCCUAUCUGAUGAAAAUCUAAAUGAUGAAUUUGAAAUCAUGUGGGAAGAAACAGUGCGAGGCUUAAAUUUUAAAGGGCUUAUGAAAAAAGACAUUUCAGUAAAGGUUUUUGGUCAGCUAAGAAUUAAUUUAGAAAGGCAUGGAAGUGCCGUUAAUGAGAAACUAAAUGCAGCAGAUCUUAAAGAACCAGCUGGGAAAUUUAUGGUGUGUAAAGAACAUCUGGAUGGAUGGUUAAGGCAAGCUUGGCAUACAUAUAUUAAAAAAACUGAUAAACCUCAGAACAUGGCAGAUAGAGUCAUUUCAGACUGUAUUGAGCUUAUCGAUGAGAAAGCUUUGAGUGAUUCAGACUAUCAUGACACAUACACCACAGAACUAUUGCAUAUAAUAGAUGAGAAAGUGAAAGACACUGGAACCAGUAAUACAUUUGAAGUGGAUCUGAAGCUGCACAUUUGUAGGAUUGCUACCAAACAAUUUCAAAAAAUCCAUGAUGAUUUCAUUGCAAAAAAUGACCCUCAGAAACAUCUAGAGGGACUUAAACCAAACUAUUUUUCAGAUUUCAUUGAUCUUUACCAGGAAAAGAAUCAGUGUCAGAAGAAAGCCUCCGAAUUUAUCACAUUGUGUCUGGAGCCUGCAAUUAGAGAUUACAUUAAGAAGAACCUUGGUGUAAAAAUUAUUGAUGAAAUUCUGGUAUGUGGCUCCUCUGUGAAGAUAAGCUCUCGUACACAAUUCCAAUUCACACUACUAGAAGAGUUGCUGAAUAAAAAUGAAUUUAAAGAAUAUAUUAGAUAUGUUAGGUAUUAUGAAGAUUAUGUCAAGGAGUGGAUUUUAGACCUAAUCCAAAAACAUUUCUCAGUGAACAAAAGUAUUGUAGAUUUGGAGAAAUCAAGUCUUAGUGAAAUAAUCGCUAAAAUAAAAGAAGCAUUCAGCAAAGCAAAGACUAAAACAAUCUUGUCAAACAGUAGUAAAGGCACAACUGAUUUCAUUCAUGAGAUCUGCAAACACCUAAAGGCCGAUCUUGUGAUAAAUAUCGAUAACUUAAGAACUGUACUCACUCUGAAUGAUGCAAAAAUGGAAGAAUUUGCUAAAAAUAUAGAAUGGUCUUUAGAUGAUUUAGAAAAGAGUUUACAAAAUGAAUAUUCAGACCAGCAGGAAUGUGAUGAGUCUAAAGAUAUUAAAAAGAAAAUUAGAAAUCUUCCAGUUAAACCACAUGAUGAGAUUUUCAGAAGAGUGUUUGGCUGUGGAAAGCAAUGUCCAUUUUGCAAAGUGCCUUGUGAAGCAGGAGGCAAAGAUCAUGAAGAGCACUUUGCAACAGUACAUCGGCCAAGAGGAAUAGGAGGACACAGCUAUAUAUCUAAUGAAAACCUUGUUGAAGAUAUUUGCACAACUGGUGUAGCCAGUGAAACACAUAGCUUUAAAAAUAAAGAUACAAAUCAUGAGUGGCAUCCUUAUAAAGAGUAUCGUAAAUAUUACCCUGACUGGAACAUCCCACAAGACACAAGCAUCGAGGCAUCUGCUUACUGGCAGUUUGUGAUGCUUACGCACAAUGAACAGUUUGCACAGGAGUAUUCUGCAAAGCCAGCUGUUAUUCCUGAGCAGUGGUGUACAGUAACACAAUCUCAGGCUAUGGACAGUCUUAAGGUUUUAUUCAACAUAAAGUAAAAUUAGCAGUAUUACCAAAUUAAAUGAAAAUGCUGCAGAGCAUAUGCACUAACCAACAACCUUUAACUCCUUGUGGGGUUUUUCCCUUGUACUCUACACAUUGACAUAAAACUCAUCAAGAUGUCUUUACAACAAUUGACAGUAAGCCCAGUCAUAAUAUUAAGUGUUUUUUUAUUAGACUGUAGUUCAAAGACUGCAUUCCUCUCCACUGAACUGGAUUUUGACAAUUAUUGCUUUUCUCUUUUUUAUGGCAUAGCUGACUUUUAUAUGUUUUGGUUGGGUAAGAAAAACGGGCAUCCUUUAUCUACUAAAUAUUUUAAUACAUAUUUCACCGAAAGACAAUAUUUUUAUAUGCUACUUAAUCUAUCCAUCCAUCCAUUAUCCAACCCGCUAUAUCCUAACUACUGGGUCACAGGGGUCUGCUGGAGCCAAUCACUGCCAACGCAGGGCACAAGGCAGGAAACAAACCCUGGGCAGGAUGCAAGCUCACCGCAGGCUACUUAAUCUAUGUAGUUUGUAAUAGUAGUCAAAAAAAAAAUAAUCUGAUAUUUUUGUGGAGGAAGUGCAUGACAUGGAUUCUAAUAUGAUGACAGCUAACAGUGAAAGUUUCUGAACAAUGGAAAUGUAAGACAAAGUGGGUAUUGCCCAUUCUGCUAGGCUUUAGUGGCACACCUGGCAUGUUAAGAAAGUAGAUUUAACAAGGAUAUGGACAUCCAGCUUCACCUUCCCCAGCUUGCAUUCCAAAGAAAGUGACUGAACUCCAGCUUAUACCAGGAUCUGCCUGGACUUCAUCUGAUAACAAAGGUGUAAAUCAGGGCCCCUUUGCCAACUUCCUAAGCCAGAAGGUCCAAAAUGCUCAAAGAACAAAGAGCUAUAAUUUAAGGAAUGACAACUAAGAUGGACAGAAGAACUCGCCUAUGUGGACACAAUGAUUUUGUAACUGGAAGUGACUUUAGUCAAAUCAGGAAAAGUUAUAUACUUCCUUAAAACUCUCUCCACCAUCCUGAAGAUUCUCUUGGGAUAUUCUCUGGGUCUCUCAGAUGACUCUCUCAAGAGAACUCUGAGGGAACUCUCCUAAAUGGCUGAAAACAUGUGAGACCUGCUACCUAAAACUAAAAAGUAAUGAGCCACGCUUCCUUAGGGAGCCAAAGGUGACAAACUUCUCUUUGUGAACCUGUGAACUGAGAUCCAUUUUGCCAAGCUAAACAGUGAGCCAGUCUGAAGGCUGAAGAGCAGCCAUCACUUCAAUUUGGGAGAUUCAGCAUCCAAACUCCUGUGCCAGAAACAGUAGUGCAGAUGAUGCAGCAAAGGUCCUGACUGAGGAAAGCACUGCACACUAUAGACAAAAGACCAUGCAACAAAGAGAAAGAGUACACUUCAAUGAAAGAAGAAUCUUCCACUUGAACCUGAAGUAGUCAACAACAACUCCAGACAACAGCAGACAUCAGAUUUAAGAACUUGGUGUCAUAAAACUAUUUAUCUGUGCCAAGAUAAAUUAGAACUCUAAAUAGCAAGUAAACAGCCAGUCUAUCUAUUUUACGUUUGUCUCUUUUGUCUUAUUUCCUGUCUUAUAUGUUAAUAUAUAUAUUCAGUUGUCAUAUUUCUGUAAUGAUUCUGAUUAUCAAUAGUUAUGUUAUUCUAUGGCGACACGGUGGUGCAGUGGUUUCCUCCGGAGGCUCCGGUUUCCUCCCACUGUCCAAAGACAUGCA